AUGAUCGGCCCAGACCCCAGGCCUGCCCCUGGCUUGGCCCGGUGGGCUGAGAGCUACGAGGCUAAGAGCGAGCGCCGGCAGGAGACCCGUGAGAGCCGCCGCUGCCGCCCCAACGUGACCACUUGCCGCCUUGUGGGGAAGGCCCCGAGGACCCAGCAGAGGGAGCAGCUCCGGAGAGCACGCCAGCAGCAGUUUUUCAGACGGAGGAACCUGGAGGUGGAGGAGAAAGGCGAGGCACAGAGCCCGCCGGCCAGGGAGCCAGGCCCCUCCAGGAGGACAGGCCAGGCCGCUGACCUCAAGGAGCCCUUGUCUUGGGCCAACAGGAUCUCUUCCCUGACAGAGCAGGAGUCAGGGACCAGUUCCAAGGUCUUUGCAACCCAAAACCAUCCUCCUUCAGGUGCCUGGAGGGAUCCAGCUGAUCACCUCACCACCCAGGCUGGAGACCUUCCACCACAGGCCUCUCCCAUCAAGAAGGCAUCCAAACACCACCGUGGCACUCAGACAAAGGCAGGAGAAACACAGUCAACACUCAAGAAUGAUGCCAGUCAGCAAACCAAUUAUGGAGUUGCAGUUCUAGAUAAGGAAAUCAUCCAGCUUUCUGAGUACCUCAAAGAGGCCCUACAAAGGGAGCUGGUUCUAAAACAGAAAAUGGUGAUUCUCCAAGACCUACUGUCUACCUUGAUACAGGCCUCUGACAGCACUUGGAAGGGCCAGCUUAAUGAAGACAAAUUGAAGGGCAAACUGAGAUCCUUAGAAAACCAGCUGUACGCCUGUACCCAGAAAUACUCCCCUUGGGGAAUGAAAAAGGUGCUAUUAGAGAUGGAAGACCAGAAAAACAGCUAUGAGCAGAAGGCCAAGGAAUCACUGCAGAAGGUGCUGGAGGAGAAAAUGAGCGCAGAACAGCAACUGCAGAGCACACAGCGGUCCCUGGCUCUAGCCGAGCAGAAGUGUGAAGAGUGGAAGAGCCAGUAUGAGGCUCUGAAGGAGGACUGGAGGACCCUGGGCACUCAGCACAGAGAGUUGGAGAGCCAGCUCCAUGUGCUUCAGUCCAAACUGCAGGGAGCAGACAGCAGGGACUCACAGAUGAACCAGGCCCUACGACUUCUGGAGAGUGAGCACCAAGAGCUGCAGGCCAGGAUUGAAUGCCUGCAGGAGGACAGAGACCUGUGCAGCUCAGACACCCAGCACCUGCAAGAUCAACUAAAGAGGUCAGAGGAGGAGAAGCUCGCCCUGGUGACCAAAGUACAGCAGCUGCAGAGUCUGCUUCAGAACCAAUCCUUACAGCUUCAAGAACAGGAGAAACUCUUAACAAAGAAAGAUCAGGCUUUGCCUGUGAGGAGCCCAAAGCCCUCCCAUAACCAAGUGGAGCCUGAGGGUCCAGGGAAGGAGCAAGACUUGGAUUUCAGAGAUGAGCUCCAGAAGAAAACUCUGCAACUCCUGGCCAAGGAAAAGGAGUGCAGAGAGCUGCAUUCGGAACUAGACAACCUCAGUGACGAGUACCUCUCCUGCCUGCGUAAGCUGCAGCACUGUCGAGAAGAGCUCAGCCAGAGCCAACAGCCGCCCCCCAGAAGGCAAUGUGGCCGGUGGCUCCUGAUGCUGAUGGCGCUGACUGCUAUUGCAGUGGCAGUGAUGCUGGCCAAUAAGGACAACCUGAUGCUCUAA